AUGUCUGACUCACAAGACACCACAGCAAACUGUUCUUCCUCUGAGAUCCAUGAAACGCGGGGAAAGAAACGGGAGCAUGAAGAGAGCGACGAAGAGGGGGAGGUGAAGGACACUGGGGGUCAGGAGCUGAAGCUCAGGCAAGAUGCCAAGAGAAGCCAGACCCAGCGAACCGGCCAGCCCAUAAGUUUCGCUGAGCCUGAGCCAGGGCUGGAGCUUGACGCAAACUACAUGGCGCAGAUGGAGCAGUACACGAUGAGGAGGCCUGGUCCUCCGCCCGGCGUGAUGCAGCAAGACAGCUCGAUGAAGGAGGUCGAGCCCUGCUAUGCGCCACCUGUCGACUACUCUAGAGAAGAUUUCCGCAGGGAGUUCAGAGGAGGAGGGGACCGCUUCAGAGGGUAUGGGAGACGAGGAGGUUUCAAUGGACGCAGGGGGCAUCAUGACUCCGGAGGCAUGCCGAUGCAUGGCUUCAUUCCCAAGGAGAUGGUCUCCAGUCCACGCGAUCACCCGGAUCACUUCAGACGGAACAGCCGAUCGCCGACGGGCUUCAGGAGGUUCGGCGCUGAAAGAGAUGAACGGCCGUACAUGGGCGAGGGAAGGCCCGGGCAAUAUCAUACCCCCUACCCAGGAAGGGACAUGUGGAGAGAGCAUGAGGGGUACAGGGAGAUGUCGCCCGAUCUCAACGGGUCGCAUAGAGAUAGCCCGCCGCGGUUCAUGCCUUAUGGAGGUCACCGAGACCAUGCUCCUGGGAUGUACGAGGGAAGCUUCCAUCGCCGUGAGGCCAGAAGCAAAACCCUCGUGAUAACCAACCUGCCACAAAAUAUCUCUCCAGACCGGGUAAAAGACGCCAUAUUCCUCGAGGCAAAGAGACACGGGCGCAUUAUCAACCUGUCCCUGCAACCGCGAGGUCCAGACUUCGUGGCCUACCUCACCUACGUGGACCCGGACAAAGCUGAAGCUGCCCGACGAUACCUCGACAGGAUACUCCUGUUCGAUACGAGAAUCGAGGUCUCUAUAGAGCCCCCAUUCCAAGCACCAGGACCGCAUAUACCCGAGCAACAAUUUGCAAGGCGGAAGCAUGAUAGCAGCUCGUUCGAUGACCUUGAUGAUCCCAACGCGACCUGUCGCAUCUCCAUUCUUGGAGCAGACGAGAACGUACAGGAGGUGGAUAUUCUCCCUGCUCUCCGACCGUUCGGCUCGAUUGAAAACAUUCAGAUCCAAAGAAUGAACGGUCAGAAACGAGACGGCCAAGUCUUGCCAGGCUUCAGCGCCCCUUCUAAGGUUGAGUUCUCUAUGGGGCAGCCAAGUCACGAACUUUGGCUGGGAUCCGUUCAUCCCACGGUGACAGAGGCCAUGAUCCGACAGGAGUUGGAUGCUUUCGGCCCUCUCCGAGAUGUCAAGCUGUUGAGAGGGAGCAAGAGUGCGUUCGUCAGCUUCGCCUCUGUAAGGCUUGAACGUCUCCGACUGCCCCAUGUGACCUCUGUCAUUCCCUCCCUUCCCGUUGCCACCUUCACUCUUCUACCCUCCUCUCCUCAGACCCAGGUAGCUGAAGAAGCAGCUCGCUACAUUCGGGGGAGAACUCUUGGAGGUACCGUAUGGCGUGUCAAGGUUGACUUCUGGGAGAGAAAUGUCGAUCGCCCCUUCUUCCGAGGACCCGGUGCCCCGCCCCUCGAGCAGGACAGAGACUUUCACCCUGCGGGAGGCGCCAGACCGCCCAAGUUCCAGCGCGUGCCAGCUCAUGGAGGCGCAGUAGGCGGAGCGGGGGAGGUCACGAUCGUUGUUUCCACGGACCAUCUGCUAAGCGACAAGGUGCUUGCGACUCACUUCCAACAGUUCGGCAAGGUGUCGAAGAUCGAGAAAGAUCCCAAUGGACUGAGAGCUAAGGUCAUGUUUGCCAAGCAAGAGUUCGGGUUGGCAGCAGUGCACUGCGCUCCAGAGAUCCGAGAUCAGAGGAUCUCCCUCGGCAUAGUCAAAGUUGAGCUAGAGACCGAGAACUCAGCUGCAAAUUCCUCGGCAAACUUGUGGAACUAUCCGCCGAGCGUGCCAUCAGUUCCCCCUGCACCUUCAGCUCCUGUCCUCGCUCCUACUCCUAGUCAUCCUCUUGUUCCAGCUACGGUCCCAUCUUCAGCUUCGACUCCUGCCGCUACAGCUCCCUCUCAGUCUCCUGCUCAACCUGAAGCUUCGGCUGCUCCUCCCGUUGGCCAUGUCGCCGCUUCUCAGAAUGUGUCGUACGCUUCUGCUGGAGGGGAGGGAGGUGCAGAAGCAGCAGCAGCAGCAGCAGCCCCUACUUCUUCUUUUCCAUCGUCAGCGAGCUUUUCUGAACGGAGCUCGGAGCUUCCAAAGUCGCAGGGUGAGGUAUCAGGGCUGGAAGCAGAGCCGCCCAGGAGCGAGGAGAGUCACAUCGAAGCUGCUUCAUCCUCUAGCAAUGAUCACGCCAAGGUGCCGGCCUUUGCCUCAGGAGCAGCUCCAAGACCCUCGAACCCUCCCCCCUCGACUCCGACAAGGAAGGAAUCUUCGGAGGAUGCGAGAGAAGAGGGGAGUGGUGGAGCGUCCGCACCUGGAGAGAAGAAGGAAGAAGGGCGAGUGGUCAUGAAGACGCAGUCGGCCUCAGUUAGAAUGCAGGACCUGCUGCAGGGGCAGGGAAAUCCCAUUGUGAAGUUCCUCCCCGACCGGCUCGUCGUAACGCAGAGGAUGCGGCUAGAGACCGAGCAGGUCCAGCUGUUCUCGGACAGGAUCAACGAGUCUCUCAAGAGCAAUUGCUCCUCCAAGCCCUCCUUCGCCAUCUUCCUGAUAAGACCGCCUGAUGAAGAGGAGGAGGCUGAUAGUGCAAACAUCAGAGCACAAUUCUCCAAGAACUUUGUCAGAUAUUUCAUGGAGCGCAAUGCAGCAGGUGUGGUACCCGAUCUGAAGCUAUCCAAGGACAACUCCUUCCUCCUGGGGGUAGUGCUGAGAAGCUAG